GUAUGUAAAGAGGAAGCAGUACACCCCCACACGGGUUACAUGGUACAGUCCGCCAUUGUGACGCAAAAGCACUUCGGUACGACACUGGGGAUUGGCGAAUCCAAAUCGGAGAGAGUGUGGGGGGGGAGCUGUAACCGCCGAGCUGAUAAAGAAAGCCUGAGGAGAGCGCGACGGGCUGAAAGAGAGCGGAAAAAGCGCUGAUUUGAUCGAACUUUUAAGCUUUGAAAGCGCAUCAGCUGUAAGUUUUUCCGCCUCUGUGAGAACAUGGCGUGCGGUGCGACGUUAAAACGCUCCAUGGAGUUUGAGGCCCUUUUGGGCCCCCAGUCCCCGAAGCGCCGGAGGUGCAGCCCGUUAGCCGGAGCCGCUGCUACACCUUCCCCUCAGAGGUGCAGCCUGAGACCGCAGACGGAAAGCCCCGCGAACCCGGUGUCUCCACAGGCCGUGAGUGGAGAGAACAGGCUAACGCCAGAGCAGAUCUUCCAGAACAUUCGACAGGAAUACAGUCGUUACCAACGGCGACGGCAGCUGGAGGGAGCCUUCAACCAGACCGAGACAGGCGUGUCUGCUGAGAGCUCCAACCCCAGCUCUCCAUCAGGUCCUUCAUCACUGAAGAAGGACCAGCCCACAUUCACCCUGCGACAGGUGAGCUACCUGUGUGAGAGACUCCUCAAAGACCAUGAAGAGAAAAUCCGUGAGGAGUACGAGCAGAUCCUUAACACCAAACUGGCAGAACAGUACGAGUCAUUUGUGAAAUUCACACAGGAUCAGAUCAUGAGGCGGUACGGAGCUCGACCUGCCAGCUACGUAUCUUGAAGUUCACAGAUGGAUGACUACAGGCCAGCAGCAUGGUUGCUGCAGUAUCAUCUCUCUUUCUCACACACACACACACACACACUCUAAUCCCUCGUUCUUUUUUUAACCCUGCUCGGGUGCUCUGGUUCCUUCAUGUUCAUCCUCUGUUGUUUCUCCUCCUGAAGCCCAGCUCCUGAGCAGUGGUGAAUAAACGCUGUUCUGGUAACACCCCCUCCCUUUUUAUUUUUAUUUUUUUAAAUAGACAGUAAAGUGAAAGUGUAAAUGUUUCUGAAUCUGCCGCUCCUCUGACUCUCUCCACUCUUCUACUUCCUGUUUCCGACACGAGGGAUGUGGAUAUUUUUAUUUUCUUUAAUCUUUUAAUUUUUUGUUAUUUGAAAAUAAAGGUUCGGUGGUCUUCUCGUCCGUGUCCUUCA